AUGCCGGACUCGCCCCGUAAGCAAGCUCGACGGAUUCGAGUCGGACCACGUACUUUACUUGCCUGUAGUAAGUGCAAGGAGAAGAAGCUGAGGUGCGAUGACAAAACACCAUCAUGCAAGAAUUGUCAACGGUUUGGGACCGACUGUCUGGUGGAGGAUCCUAUCACCAAAAGGCAACAGCCACGUAACUACAUAGACGCCUUAGAGCAUCGCGUCGCUCAGCUUGAAGAUGCUCUGGCUCAACAACGACCCAGCGCGCAGAGCUCCCCUCUAGCCGCUAGUGAAGUGUCUCCUCAGCAUUCGCAACGGCUCCAGACCGGAGACGAUCUCAUCGCCAGUGAUACCUUCGCUUCAAGGGUGGCCACCUUGGGACUCAAUGCUGGAGGUCUCGAACCUCGAUACCUGGGACCAAGUUCUGCCUUCUCUUUCUCAAGGAUCAUCAGCUCAUCGCUGUUGAAAGCUGCUCCUGUCAAGCAUAACGACAACACAGCAGCGCAAGUCGAAGAGACUUCGCAGCAGAUUGCAUGUCUACUUCCAGAGUAUGAAUCGGCCGUCGCAUUAAGUAAUGCAUACUUUCGUUCGAUACAACAGCAGUAUCCUUUUCUAUAUGAACCAACAUUCAGAGAGUGGGAAAACGACAUGCUAAGUCCUGGCAAGCAAAUAAGUUCCUCUGACUACCUGCCGCUGUUCUUCCUUUAUGCGGUGUACGCCAUUGGCGCCAUUCUACUACCGCAAAGCGGUCAUAACGCACAGCGUCUGUUCGCGUCCGCUCAGCUGUAUAUUGACCACGUCCUCCCCCUUGACAACCUCGAGUCCAUACAGGCACUAUUAUGCUGUGCAGUCUACUCACUGAGAGCAGCUACCGGCCCAUCAAUCUGGCAACUCUCCGGGUUAGCAUUGCGACAAUGUAUCGAUCUUGGCUAUCACCGUACCGCGAGUCGACAUGGUGCCACUAGCAGUCCCGUCCGGUUGCAACUGCAGCGUCGUGCGUUUUGGACCGCAUUUACGAUCGACUGCUCCCAGUCCACCACACUAGGAAGACCGCUGGGCGUUCCUGUCCACGAAAUCAAUGCCGAGUACCCACUCGACCUCGACGACGAAUACAUCAGCGAGAACGGCCUCCUCAAGCCACCAAGAUCCUCCUGCCACGAGCCGCCAACGACCAUGUCGGUCGCAAUACACGUCUUUCACAGUCGAUACCUCUGGGCGAGAAUCCACACCGAACUGUUCUCAGACAUGGCAAUACGGUUCCCAGCCCCCGAACCGCGACUAGAAGAGCUCCGAGCCGAAAUCGAAACUUGGUUCAACACACGACCACCCGUCCCCGCUCAAGGCACCGACGCCCUGGUGCUCUUCGGCUGCGAGGACUGGUUCUCGACCAACUACAGCUUCUCGAUACUCCUCCUCUACCGCAUGAAGCUCGCCGACGGUUCCGGCAACGUGCCCGACGCCAUCUUGCUGGAGUGCGCCACCGCCGCCGCGAACGUCUGCCGCCGCUACCGCCGCCAAUUCAUCGGUCGUUCCGUGGGCUACACCUGGCAAGCGCUGCAUUUCCUCUUCCUGGCCGGUCUGACGUACCUGCACUGCCUGUGGACAUCCUCGACAGUCAGAACCAGGAUCCGCAACGAUCAGGUCAGCAGCACGUGCAUGGACUGCACGAUGCUGCUGGUGGCGAUGGCGGAGCGGUGGCACGGCGUCGCGCCGUAUCGAGAUAUCUUCGAGGCGCUCGCCAAUCGUACGAUGACCAUGCUGGUGGAGCAGGGCCGGGACGAGCAGCCUGCGGCGGCGAGCUCAGCCUCGCAUCAGGAUGAGCCUGAUGACCUGGACUGGGCGCAGUGGAUCGCUGAUAUCACGGACACGGGCAUGUCUGGGACGGUGAAUAAGCUGUUGACGGAUCUGAGGGAGAGUUCGGGGUGA